AUGCCACUACCCGACCGCAAACCCCCAAGUCCAACCAUGCGCGCCCUCAACCCUAGAGAUGCAAAAGUCCUCGCUCAGACAGGGCGCCUUCCUCCCAAGAACGCACCAGCCACUACACCACCCCCUCAACCAGAGCCAUCACCAAUCCCAGAACCAGGCAGGCCCAGCCUAACCCGCAAAAGGCCGAUCCACACCUUCUUCUCCAACCUCCGCCAACGCUACACGCAGCGCUGUGCAGCUCUCCCACGACCAAUUCGACUUAUGGGCCGCGGCGCUCGUAUUUUCGUCCCACUCCUUCCUAUCUGCCUAUUCUUCUCGGAGCAUGUCGCGCAAAUAAUGUGGGUCAAGGGCCCGUCGAUGACGCCGUAUCUCAACGAGGACUAUGACCAGAUGCACACGAAGAGCGAUAUGGUGCUGGUAAAUAUGUGGUCGAUGCAUCGGAUACUGCCAUGGAAGAAUGAUCGGAGGUUGGAGAGGGGGAUGAUUGUUACAUUCCGGUCACCUGCCAACUCCUCCCAUGUCGCCGUCAAGCGUGUCGUUGGUCUCCCCGGUGAUCGCAUUACCACUCGUGAACCGUGCUUGAAAGCUACUCAGAUCGUACCUUACAACCAUGUCUGGUUGGAAGGCGAUGCGGAGGACCCAGACAGGACGCUGGACAGCAAUACAUAUGGACCCGUCAGUAUCAGUUUGAUUUCCGGUCGAGUUGUUGGUGUGCUGGCUCCACGUAUGCGCUGGUUAGAUUGGACACAGUGGGAAUCUGGGCACUCGGAUGAGGCUGGUUCAGAUAGUCCAUUGGGACCUAAUUAUCGGCAGGAGGUACGCAAUCGUGUAGUAAAGGAAGCUGUCAAGUUGGAGCGGCCGCCGGAUUUUUGA